UGAUUGGAGCGGCGGCCGCGGCGAGCGGCGGCGGCGCGGGGGGCUCGGUGUCGCCAGCCCCCGGCUGGGCAGGCAGCGCCGGCCCGGAGCUGUGUGCAGAAAGGAACUCGGCAAACCACGGUGGUAACAUGAAACCAAUAUGGCUGACUUGCUUCUGGCAUCUUCCCUCUUGACUGUGAGAGGCUGGCUCCACGUUCCAGUGACUGCUCAACAGAGAGAGCUUGGCUGACGUCUCUAAGAUCGUUGUAAGGAAGCAGGUCACCAGGAUUUCCCUGCUGUGGCUGCCUGACCGCCGCUGAGCUCCCCCUCCCAGCCCAUGUGGCUCUCCCCAUGCUCCAAGAGUGCAACUGGUGCCCAACGCAAUGUGUGUUUGUCAAACCAUGGAAGUGGGCAAGUAUGGCAAGAAUGCCACUCGAUCUGGAGACAGGGGGGUCCUGCUGGAGCCUUUCAUUCACCAGGUGGGUGGGCACAGCAGCAUGAUGCGCUACGACGACCACACUGUGUGCAAGCCCCUCAUCACCAGAGAGCAGCGCUUCUAUGAGUCUCUGCCUCCAGAAAUGAAGGAGUUCACACCUGAGUACAAAGGUGUGGUGUCUGUCUGUUUUGAGGGAGACAGCGAUGGCUACAUUAACCUGGUGGCCUAUCCCUAUGUGGAGAACGAGGCUCUGGAGCAGGAUGACAUGCCAGAGAGGGACCAGCCACGACGCAAGCACUCGCGUCGGAGCCUUCACAGGUCAAGCAGUGGCACUGAGCACAAGGAGGAGAAGCCUGGCCUGGCCACUGACACCACAGAGAGCAGCAUCCAGGAAACAAAGAGUCCCAGGGUGGACUUGCACAUCCACUCGGAUGUUCCAUUUCAGAUGUUGGAUGGGAACAGCGGGCUGAGCUCUGAGAAGAUCAGCUACAACCCCUGGAGCCUGCGCUGCCACAAGCAGCAGCUGAGCCGCAUGCGCUCCGAGUCCAAGGACCGGAAGCUCUACAAGUUCCUUUUGCUGGAGAACGUGGUGCAUCACUUCAAGCUUCCCUGCGUGCUUGACCUGAAGAUGGGGACCAGGCAGCACGGCGAUGACGCCUCGGAGGAGAAGGCUGCUCGGCAGAUGAAGAAGUGUGAGCAGAGCACUUCGGCCACGCUGGGCGUGCGCGUGUGUGGGAUGCAGGUCUACCAGCUGGACACGGGGCAUUACUUAUGCAGGAACAAAUACUACGGGCGCGGCCUCUCCAUCGAGGGCUUCCGCAACGCCCUGUACCAGUACCUGCACAACGGCAUCGAGCUGCGCAAGGACCUCUUUGAGCCCGUGCUGGCCAAACUGCGGAGCCUGAAGGCGGUGUUGGAGAGACAGGCCUCCUACCGCUUCUACUCCAGCUCCCUGCUCAUCAUCUACGACGGCAAGGACAGCAGGGCGGGGAUGGGGGUGGAGCGCCGGCCCGAGCCGCGCCUGAAGCGGGUGGACGGCUGCGUCCCGGAGAGCCUGCAGGCCGGCGGCAGCGCGGAGCCCGGCUCCUCCGCACAGCCCAAGGUGGACGUGCGCAUGAUUGACUUUGCACACAGCACCUUCAAAGGCUUCCGCGACGACCCCACCGUGCACGACGGCCCUGACAUGGGUUACGUGUUCGGGCUGGAGAGUCUCAUCAACAUCAUGGAACAGAUGCGGGAGGAAAACCAGUAGCCCUGGGCUGCGGCCUCUCGUUCUUGUCCUGGUGGCAGGAGCAGACACUCCCACCGACUAGCACAGGAGAAAAGCAGACAGCUUUGGUUUUAAACAAUUGUAUUGCUCCGUUGUUUUUAAAUGUACUGAGAUAGAAGAGGUGAGGGGAGGCAGGAUCAAAGAGCUCUCGGUGCCCCAGCUCUGCCUGCUGCAGGAGGCUCUGUCCGUGCCACCUGCGAGCUCGGUGUCCCCGUUCUUCGCUCACGCGCUCUGGAGAGAGGACCUGGAUCUAGGCCAGAGCAAGGAGAGGCCCAGGUUCCUGAGGCAGCUGGAGCUGCGGCGUGAGGAGCCUCCUGCCUCAGCAGCCCCCGCGAGCGCCUGCCCUUUGCUGUUCUCCCCAGCCCUUGGGAAAGGGGCGCUGCGCACUUGGUGGGCAGCAGGGGCUCUGAGCCCCCUGCACUUUGCCCCCGGGGCUUUGCUUUUGAUGCUGCCUUUUUCCACUAUUUGGGCACUGUGAAUAACCCACCCCAAGGCGUAAAUGACCAAAUGCACCCCGUGUCAGAGCUGGCGGUAGUGCUGCCUGCCCCGCGUUGUGCCCGCUGGGAGCGGCACGGGCCCGGGCUCUGCGCCACUCGCUCUGCCCUGGACCACUGACCAAGCAAGCACUCGGCUCGCGGGCUAGCAAUAGUAUCUGUAGCAGUUCCCACCCCCCAGCUGUGCAGCGGGGCCUUUUGGACCAGUGCACCCCUUCCCCUCCUGUCAUGUUGGUCCCAGGGGCUGUGUGGGUGUCCCUCCAGCACCCACCUGCCCCCCACUCCUGGCUCCACACACCACGGUGGGGGGAGGCCAAGGCUCAGGGCUGCCCCCUACUCCUCCUGCCUCAGGGUUGCCGGGGGUGCAAGUAAGGGGGAACCUGGCUGUUCAGCUUUGCCUCACAGCAUCUUUCCCAAAACCAGUGCUGGCUGUGGGGAUGUGCCUGGCUGCCUGGGCUCCUUCCCCCCACCCCUGUGUUUCCCGUGGCCUCCCUUGAUGAGGGCAUUAGUGUUUGACGUGUGGCCUGGGGGUCCCCAUCCGGACCUCGCUCUGCACCACCCCCGUGUUUCUGUGCUGGGCCCCUGGUUGCUCCCUCCCCGGUGUCACUGUCACGUUCCACAGCGCUACCCUUGCCCCGGGGCUGGGGCCCUGCAAGGCCAGGCGUGGGUGGGGAUAUUUUUGGGGUUUUUUUACUUCAGGAAAGCUUGUUUGGGGAAUCCUCGCAUGUAGCAUGUGUGCUGCCUCCCUGCACGGGCUGCCCGGGAGGGCUCGCUGCGGGGCGGCUGGGGAAGAGGGCAGGGCCCUGCCAGCUUAGCCUGAAUCCUCUCUGCCUGUCUCCCCCUUUGCCCUGACCCCUGCUUCCCAUCACUGCUCUGGACCAGCACCUCCAUUCCUGCUGCCCUUCGCUGGGCUGCUUCUCCAUGGCUUCUGCUGGCUCCUGCCUGGCCAGGCCGGGCUUGCCAGCUUUUCAGGGAACAGGUUUGCAGGAGGCAGCGGGAUGCCCGGGACAGCUUCCCCCCUCCCUCCCUGCCCCCCGCAGCCCACCGUGUGCAUGUCCUUGUCCCCGGGUGCAGGGCCCUUCCUCCCCUCAGCAGGCCGGGUGCGGGCGAGGGGUGCUGGAGGGGUCGGUGCCUCGCUCCUUCCCUUUGGACCACCGCGGUGGGACUCCACAGCUUGUACAUAGCUUUGACCCCACCCGCCCCCCUCUUGUUUUUACAUGAAUAAUCACCCUGUUUGUGCUUCACAGAGAACCAAAAACAAUUAAAGGAUCUGUUUUUGUC